AUGUCUGUCCCUGCCCCCAUCGUCGAGUUUGUCAACGCGCUGUACUCUGCUAGCGACAUUGGCCCCAAGGCCGACGCCCUCGCCCACCAAAACUAUGUCGACCUCUUCAACAAGGACGCUACUCUCAUCAUGGGUCCCACCACCUUCCUCGGCCACCCUGGUGUGCUCCAGUUCCGCGAGAAUGGCUGGAAGGGCGUGCUCACGCGCCGCCACGUCUGCAAGGGCAUCUUCAUUAACCCUUCCAACGCCAACGAGGUGAUGACGUAUGGUACCGUCGACUACGGCAUGGAGGACGGAUCAAAGGUCGAGGGUAUCGAGUGGGCUGGCCGCCUGGAGCUCGACCAGACUGGUUCCAAGCCCAAGAUCGAGUUCUACCAGGUCUUCAUUUAG